CCUUAGCCUCGUUGUCGGCGCGUGCGCGGGUCCGGAAACCCUGGCGGAGCGUAGCGCGAAUGGAGGCCUGAGGGCGGCGGGGGCGGGGCGUGCCGCGAGCGGGGGCCUUGGCCGAGGCGGGCGCCGUCUAGAGGAGGCCCGGCCGUCCGCCACCACGCACUCGGGAGCCGUGAAGCGCAGGCGGGUCACGCCGUGGGCCGCGGCGGCGAUGCAGCGAAGACGGCGCGCUCCGCCCGCGUCUCAGCCGGCCCAGGACGGCGGGCGAAGCGAGGAAGUGGAGGUGCAGUUCUCCGCCGGGCGUUUGGGCUCGGCCGCGCCUGCCGGGCCCCCCGCACGCGGCACCACCGAGGACGAGGAGCGGCUGGAGCGUGAGCACUUCUGGAAGGUCAUCAACGCGUUCCGCUACUACGGCACCAGCAUGCAUGAACGAGUGAACAGAACAGAGAGACAGUUUCGAUCACUUCCAGAUAACCAGCAGAAACUGCUUCCUCAGUUUCCUCUUCACCUGGACAAGAUCCGGAAAUGCAUUGACCAUAAUCAGGAAAUACUGCUGACCAUUGUGAAUGAUUGCAUACAUAUGUUUGAAAAUAAAGAAUAUGGAGAAGACGCCAAUGGAAAGAUUAUGCCCGCAUCUACGUUUGACAUGGAUAAGUUAAAAUCUACACUGAAACAGUUCGUAAGAGACUGGAGUGAGACCGGGAAAGCAGAAAGGGACGCCUGCUAUAAGCCAAUCAUUAAAGAGAUUAUCAAAAAUUUUCCAAAAGAGAGAUGGGAUCCUUCUAAAGUAAAUAUUCUGGUACCUGGUGCUGGACUAGGAAGAUUGGCCUGGGAAAUAGCUAUGCUAGGUUAUGCUUGUCAAGGAAAUGAAUGGAGUUUUUUUAUGCUCUUUUCUUCCAACUUUGUACUCAACAGAUGUUCUGAAAUUAACAAAUAUAAACUUUAUCCCUGGAUCCAUCAGUUUAGCAAUAAUCGGAGAUCAGCUGAUCAGAUUCGACCCAUUUUUUUCCCUGAUGUUGACCCCCACAGUCUUCCUCCUGGUUCUAACUUUUCGAUGACAGCAGGAGACUUUCAGGAGAUUUACUCAGAAUGCAAUACCUGGGACUGUAUUGCCACCUGUUUCUUCAUAGACACAGCUCACAAUGUAAUUGAUUAUAUCGAUACAAUAUGGAGAAUACUCAAGCCAGGUGGAAUUUGGAUAAAUCUUGGUCCUCUACUAUACCAUUUUGAAAAUCUGGCAAAUGAACUGUCUAUAGAAUUGAGCUAUGAGGAUAUUAAAAACGUUGUUCUGCAGUAUGGAUUUCAGCUAGAGGUGGAAAAAGAAUCUGUAUUGUCAACAUAUACUGUGAAUGAUCUCUCUAUGAUGAAAUACUACUAUGAAUGUGUUUUGUUUGUGGUUCGGAAGCCACAAUAAUGGUAUUACCCAGAAAACCAUUUAAUGAGAGUAAAUGCCGAAAUAAACAACUCACAGUCAACUAUCAGUGACAACAGGACACAACCUCAAAUCAGUGGUGCCUUCUUAUUCCUAACAAUAUUUAGAAAUAGUGUCUAUUUUCUUAACGAUGUCUAUUGCUUUUUUUCAGAAAUAUACUCUACCAUGCAAAUUUAUACCACACAAGUAAAAAAAAAAAAAAAAAAAAAAAGACAAUGUCUCCCAUGUAGAUAUCUAAUGGAGGAACUAUCUAUCUUCAAGUACUUUUUUCCCUGAAGCCCAGAAUUGUCUAUCUUUAAGAAAAUGAACAUAAACACCAGGUUUCAUGAAGCUAUUGCAAGUUUGCCAUAUUAGUGACUGAUGAUACUAAAGUUCAUAAUGACCUCCUCUUUGCAUUUAGUAUUGCCUGUGUUACUUUUCACAGGAUCUCCUGUCAUAUUUAGCAUCUGGAACUGGAAUUGUUCUCAUUGGACCUAAGUAAAGUAUAGAGAAUUUGAAACUAUACUUUCAUCAUUCAAAUUAGUUUUUUUGUUUUUAGCUCAGCUGCAUUUAGAGAACAUCAAACAUGCCAUGUAUGAAAUGCUAAAUCAAGCUGGGCAGUGGUAGUGCACACCUUUAAUCCCAGCACUCUGGGAGGCAGAGGCAGGCGGAUUUCUGAGUUCGAGGCCAGCCUGGUUUACAGAGUGAGUUCCAGGACAGCCAAGGCAAUACAGAGAAACCCUGUCUUGAAAAAACCAAAAAAAAAAAAAAAGAAAAGAAA